AUGAGGGCGGCGAUGUUGAGAUCUGUUCUCCUGAGGAGCACCGCCUCAUCCACGGCGUCGGGCCGCGCCUUCUCCUCGGCUUCGGCGCCGGAGCGGAAGGUGGCCAUUUUGGGGGCCGCCGGCGGGAUCGGGCAGCCCCUGUCUCUUUUGAUGAAGUUGAAUCCUCUUGUAUCGAACCUAGCUCUCUACGAUAUCGCCGGAACACCCGGCGUCGCUGCUGACGUCAGCCACAUCAACACCAGAUCUGAGGUAAAAGGAUAUGCAUCAGAAGAGCAGCUGGGACAGGCAUUGGAAGGUUCAGAUGUUGUCAUCAUUCCAGCUGGUGUGCCCAGAAAGCCUGGCAUGACUCGUGAUGAUCUUUUCAAGAUUAAUGCCGGCAUUGUCAAGAGUCUUUGCGAAGCCAUUGCCAAAUACUGCCCCAAUGCUCUCGUCAAUAUGAUUAGCAACCCUGUGAAUUCAACUGUGCCAAUUGCUGCUGAGGUGUUCAAGAGCAAGGGAGUUUAUGACGAGAGGAGACUGUUUGGUGUCACCACUCUUGAUGUGGUUAGGGCCAAGACCUUCUAUGCUGGGAAGGCCAACGUGAAUGUAGCUGAUGUCAAUGUACCUGUUGUUGGUGGUCAUGCUGGAAUUACCAUUCUCCCCUUGUUUUCACAGGCCUCACCAAAAGCAAAUCUGUCAGAUGACGAAAUUAAAGCUCUUACCAAGAGAACACAAGAUGGUGGGACGGAAGUUGUUGAAGCUAAGGCUGGAAAGGGUUCAGCUACACUUUCAAUGGCUUACGCGGGGGCCUUGUUUGCUGAUGCUUGCUUGAAAGGACUUAAUGGUGUUCCAGAUGUUGUGGAAUGUUCGUUUGUGCAAUCCACUGUGACUGAACUACCUUUCUUUGCAUCCAAGGUGAGACUCGGGAAGAACGGUGUAGAGGAGGUAUUGGAUUUGGGUCCUCUGUCGGAUUACGAGAAACAAGGACUGGAAGCCCUCAAGGGAGAGUUGAAAAGUUCAAUCGAUAAGGGAGUUGCUUUUGUCCACAGCCACUAA